GAUCGGCUAUAUCAGCUCAGUCAAGCCUGAGGGCUCUUCAGAGACGGAUCGGAGCUAACGGAACGAAAAGAACGAAAACUGUUUACUAGGCAGAAAUCAGAAUCAGCGCAAAAGCGCGAAAUUUUCUGUUACUGUAGUAUUUGCUGAUCUUUGGACUAAGUGGUUUCGCUGCGUCAUCAAUGAGGUGUUUUUGGUUUGUUGGAUUGCUGCUACUGGCGGUUUUCGUAGGGAAAGGGCACGGUCGGCCUGGACGGAACCAUCGUGGCGGCGGCAGUGGAACGUUUGUGGAAAGGCAUGCCGAGUAUGGACGGAAUCUACAACAAGUUGCUAAAUGCGGCUACGAGUCAUGCCCGACCCCAAAAAGGGACAUGAUCAACGUUCAUCUUGUACCGCACUCUCACGAUGACGUCGGAUGGCUCAAAACCGUGGAUCAGUAUUACUACGGUAGCAAAACCAACCAUCAGCGAGCUGGCGUUCAGUACAUCCUGGAUUCCGUAGUUGACGCCCUGCUGCACAAUCCGGAUCGUAAGUUUAUCUACGUUGAGUCAGCUUUCUUCUUCAAAUGGUGGGAGGAACAAUCAUCCGAGCGGCAGGCCGAGGUUCGAGAACUGAUCGAACAAGGUCGGCUGUCCUUCGUGGGUGGUGCUUGGAGUAUGAAUGAUGAGGCAGCAUCGCACUACCAGAGUUUGAUUGAUCAGUUCACCUGGGGAUUACGUUUGCUGAACGACACCUUCGGCGAUUGUGGACGGCCUCGCACGGGCUGGCAGAUCGAUCCGUUUGGACAUUCACGGGAGCAGGCUUCGCUGUUCGCCCAAAUGGGCUACGAUGGGAUGUUCUUUGCUCGACUCGACUGGAGGGAUAAGUCAAAACGUUUGGAGGAGAAAAAGGCGGAGAUGAUUUGGAAGGCCAGUGCAAACCUGGAUGAUAGUGAAAUGUUUACUUCGGUACUGUAUAAUCAUUACAGUGCUCCACCAGGGUUCUGCUUCGAUGUUCUUUGUUCGGAUGAUCCUUUUGUAGAUGGAGCGUUCAGUGCGGAGAAUAAUGUUAAAGAUAGGGUUGAUACAUUCCUGUACUUUGUUGGGAAUAUGUCUACGAAGUAUCGUUCCAACAACCUGCUCAUCACCAUGGGGGAUGACUUCAACUACAUGGACGCCAAUAUGAACUUCAAAAACAUGGAUAAACUUAUUAAGUAUACCAACGCUCGACAGCAAGACACCAGGGUUAACGUUUUCUACUCAACACCAACCUGCUACCUGAAGGCACUACAUGAUGCACAACUGAACUGGCCAGCGAAGACCGACGAUUUCUUCCCGUACGCAUCGGAUCCACACGCCUACUGGACGGGGUACUUCACCUCUAGGCCAACCUCAAAACGCUACGAGCGGAUGGGUAAUCACUUCUUGCAAGUUUGUAAACAGUUAUCCGCUCUGGGACUAUCCGCAUCCGAAACAAGCUAUCAAGAUAAUUUGACCUAUCUGCGAGAGGCAAUCGGAGUAAUGCAGCAUCACGACGCAAUCACUGGAACGGAAAAACAACACGUUGCCGAUGAUUACGCCCGAAUGAUUCACACUGCCUUGGAGGCUUGCGGUCUGAACACGAAUGCAGCUCUUACGAACCUUGCCACUCCUUCUGGUGCUUAUAAAUUACAGUACCAAUCAUGUAACCGGCUGAACAUUAGCGAAUGUGAAGUAUCCGAAACCAAGAGGAGUUUCGUAGUCACACUCUACAACCCACUGGCUCAAGCAAGUGAUCACUACGUACGUCUACCGGUCAGCGGCAACGGUUACGAAAUCCACGACCCUCAAGGUCAUAAACAACACUCGCAGGUGGUCCCAGUUCCAGCACCCGUUUCGGAGUUGAAGUUCCGAAAAAGUUCUGCCCAUGAAGAACUUGUCUUCAAGGCAGAUCAAGUUCCACCGAUGGGCUUUAAAUCGUUCUACGUUACGGAGAGUAACGACUACAGAAGAGAAGCUGUAGACGAACUCCCGGUAGCAGAUGAGACCAGCAUUGGGAACGAACAUUUGACGCUGAAUUUUAACAAAAACGGGUUCCUUAGCACAAUCGACAUCGAGAAGCAAACUUAUCGGUUGCAGCAGGACUUCCUGUUCUACGAAGGGGCUUAUGGUAAUAACGAGGUGUUCGAGAAUCGUUCUUCUGGAGCGUACAUCUUCCGACCGAACGGAACUGAAUCACACGUUGGACGAAGUGUGCUGCUAACCGUUGUGAGAGGUGAGCUCGUUCAGGAAGUACAUCAGGUGUUCAACGAGUGGAUAAGUCAGGUCAUUCGAGUCUACAAGGGUGAGCAGCAUGUGGAGUUCGAGUGGUUGGUAGGUCCGAUUCCGAUCGAUGACGAUAAGGGAAAGGAAAUCGUUACGCGCUACUAUUCGGACAUCGAGUCUAGUGGAACAUUCUGGACGGACUCCAACGGUCGUGAGAUGGUCCGAAGAGUUCGGGACCAUCGAGAGACGUGGGAUCUGGAGCUGGUCGAACCGGUUGCGGGAAAUUAUUACCCGGUGACGACGAAGAUCGCAUUGGAAGACAAACAGCUGCGAAUGGCCGUGCUGAACGAUCGAGCCCAGGGAGGUACUAGCAUGCAGGAUGGAGUCCUGGAGCUGAUGGUGCACCGAAGAUUGCUGCGAGAUGAUGCGUUUGGCGUUGGAGAGGCACUGAAUGAGACUGCAUACGGAGCUGGUUUGAUUGCUCGUGGAAAGCAUUAUUUGCUUUUUGGGCCGAAAACAGCCGGUCCAAAAACUGUAUCACUGCAAGCUCGAGAACGGUUUCUACAGAAUCAGGUUCUCACUCCGCCGUGGAUGUUCGUCAGUGAUGCAUCGGAUGUAUCGUACAAUCUGUGGAAAGCCAAUUCGCACAAUUCGUACUCCGCCCUGAAAACGUCGCUUCCACCAAACGUAAACUUGCUGACAUUCGAACCGUGGAAAGGAGCAAACUCGUUUCUGGUACGCUUCGAGCAUCUGCUCGAAAAGAACGAAGAUUCCCGCUACUCCCAACCGGUGACGAUAAAUUUGCGGGAAGUGUUUUCCAAGUUCUCGAUUUCCAGCGCUCGUGAAACGACUCUGGCAGGAAACCAGUGGAAGGCGGACAGCAAGCGUCUACGGUUUUUCUUCGAGCCUGUACCACUUGAUGAUGAAGCUGGCGUUGCUGAAGAAGCUGGCGUGGUUGAAGAAGCUAGUGCUCCGCACCCCUCCGGAAUGGAGUUCACCUUGAAACCGAUGGAGAUUCGAACUUUUGUGGUGGAGACUUGAUUCUUCCAGAUCUAGAUUGAUUUUGAUGUAUUAUUGAAAUAAUAAAUAUAUCAUUUUGUAAAAUUUA